UUGAAUUUUUUACGCAUGGUUCAUCUCCUGUUCAGAUUAGCUUGUCCAGUUGUUCGAAUGGUUUUGAACCACGAGAUAAAACCAGAAAAGUUGCAAAAAACGCUUGAUGAUAAUAAAGGAGAAAUGACAAAAAAACAUAGAAGAAAGACACAGCUUAUCAACAAAUUUCAGUGGGACUUAUUAUAUAAAGGAACGAAAAUAGUGACAUCAGAAGAUUUUGAUAUUAAAUUAAUGAUACAUCUUUUGCGUACCCUUGCAAAAAUUGAAAUUGGUGAUAACGAGCCAAACAAACUUGAUAACCGUAAAGGUGCCAUGCUUUCCAGAAUAAUGUUCAUAAGAAAUGAAACAACUCUGAGCUUUGAAGGGCGACUUCCACAAGACAAGUUUGAUAAAUAUUGGAAUGACAUUGGAGAGGCAAUACUGAAUUUGUUUUCCUCACACAAACAUGAGAUUGUGAAAGAUAAAAAGAGGAAGAACUUACUGAUUGGCAGACUCCUCGAGUUGAAUCCUAUAAAUAUUGAUAUAAAACAACUGCGUUUAUUCAUUGUUAUGUCGGAAAUAAUUCCUGCUUUGAUACUUCAAAAAAUCAUUUCUGAAUUUUGCAAUUCGAAUAAAACUACUAUAGAAGCUCUUCUUGAACAGACAAAACAUGAACUUUAUCAUAAACGAAUCAAAACAGCAGCAUGUUGUCUCUGCAAAACAUCUUCACCUCAGAUUAACAGAGUAAUUCCCGAAAAGCAAUGGGAAGCAUUGUUUGAAAAUAGUGAUCAACUUUGCUCUUGUGAACAUAAAAAAUGCAGCGAACGUUUCGUUCCAAAAAAGGGGAUAGAAACGUCAGAUUUAGCAGUGUCAGUGCCGUUGAUUGAACAUGUACCAAAUAUUUUGAACUAUGUCAGAAGACGCAUAUGCGAUCAUGGAUUUGACACGUUUCUCAUUCAUUACCAGCAUUCAAUUUAUCACCUAAUGGAGACAAAGAAAUGUUGUCAGUGCGACAAGGUUCCUACUGAAAAGUCAUUGAUUAAUAAAACAGAAUGGAACAAACUUUUUCUAAAAGAAGACAAUAAAAAUUGCCAAGAAGGAACUAUUGAUUGUUGUUGCCAGUUUACAGUAAGGGAAGGAAUAAAAUACUCAAAUUUUGACGAAAUGCUCUUAUACAAUCUUUUUGUUAUGUCAGGCCCUAUACGUGUCCUUAAUAAAACAAGAAAUGAUCCGUUACUCCACUUUCUAAAUUGGACUAAAGACAACAAAACUUUACAAGGAUCAUUAAAAGAACUAUGUAACAUAAUAGAAGAUAGAAAGUUUUGUCGUGGUGUGUCACAAUCCAUAGCAUCCCGUAAAAUCUCUCAAGUGAAUAAAACGUUAACAGAUAAAGUUGAAACUCAGUUGUGGAUUAAUAAAAACAUGCGAAAUCAAACGAUAGGAACCACACCACAAUGCCACGUCAUUGUUCACGAGCAAGAUGAUUUGCAUGUUAAAUGUGUACACAUCACUCCAGAUUUUCCUUUCCCAACUUCUCACAGAUCUAAACGAUUCACAAAUCUUACAACGGAAGAAAACAACUUCUUACUAGUUGUUCAUGGACUUACGAAAAUAGCAUAUCCAGUAAUUAAACAGGAAUUUAACGACUGUUCUGAAGAAGAUUUAGAGAAAGUUCGUCGUGCAUUUAAUGACCACCAAAAAGAAAAUGAAACUACAACAAAUAAGAAGAGGGUAUGCCUCACACAGGACCAAAGAAUUCAACUUAAUUCAGAAAAGGAACAAAUAACAGAUUUGAAACUGAUGAUUUACAUUUUAAAACAAAUAAACGACGAAAAGGAGUAUGGUGAUCAAUUAGACGCUAUCGAUAACAUUAGGAGAGAAAUCGUGCAGAGCAGCAGUGGAAUUUUGAAAAAAGAUGAUCUCAAAGACAAAAUGAAACGUUUAAAAAAGGCAGUAUUGCAUUUGGGAGGAGAAAAGUUUAAGAAAAAGUUGUCAUGUCUUCUUCGUAUUGAAAAUACACUAAAUGAAUCAGACACUAUAUGAUAAUUUAAUAAUAUUGAUCAAGUGACUGUUGACACGAGGACAUAUGAACGUAUUCUGAGAAAUAUCCAUUCACCAAAGGUUAUAAAAAUAACACUAGAAGAGGGUUGCGUUGAAUUAUGUGUUACUUAAUGAUAUAAAGUUGUUUACAAUACUGAC